ACCUUUCUUAUUUAUAGUUACUUGAACAAUUCCAAAGGGAAUUGGAAGAAGUUAAAGCACAAUCAAAUAUUGAAAAGGAACAAAUUACAAGCAUAACCAAGGAAAGGAAUAACUUCGAAGAUCUUUACAAGCAACUUAACCUAAAAUUACAAACGCAAAGCCACUCUUCUACAACGCAAAAUCAUUAUAAAAUAAUUUAUCUUUGAUCAAUAUAGUCAAUGCAACAAACUUUGGAAAAAUUACAAAAAACAGAAACCGAAUUGGCUAGUCUUAAGCUAGAUCUUGAGUCGCAGCAAUCAUCAGGAGUUAACAAAAAUUCUAAUGAAAAUAAGUGUGAAGCUUUAGAAGCGAAAGUUGAAGAAGCUAAAAAAGUCGUUCAAAAUAUGGAACAAGAAUUAAGUUCAAUAAGGGAUAGACUCCAACAAGUGAAUCAAAAACUUAUUGAACGUGAAAAGGCUUUCGAAAAUUUAAAGAAGGAAAAUGACGAAAUUAUUAUUGAACGUGAUAAGUUACUAGCUGAAUUACAGUAUCUUGAUCAAUAUGAUUCGGCACUUGAUGAUAUAACAAAAGUAACGAAAGGGAGUAAAAUAUUGAUUAAACUUACUGAGGUGACAAAGAAUAGAAAUCAACUGCUUGUUAAGCUUGAAGAAAAGGAAAAUCAUGUCAAAUAUUUGAAUAAUUUGAUUGUCACAAAAGAUCAGGAAAAAGAAAUCUUGAUGGGUUCUUACCAUAAGUUAUUGAAUGAACAGCAAAAUACAUCCCAAAAUAAUAAUAAUUUAAAGAUGGAAAUAUUUCUACGAGACAGAAAAGCCCAACAAUUACAGAAAACUUUGGAAGAGGAAAUUAAACAUCAUAAAGCGGAACUUUUGAACUAUGAAAGACGAUGUGAUAGUAUGUAAUCAAUUAAUCGCAUUUUACUUCGAUAAUAAGAAUACUUCGAUAAUGAGAAUUUUUUAAAAAAAUUUUUUUCCACCCAGUUCUAACUCGUAUGUUGGAGAGUGUGCAACGCGACUUGGCACAAUCGGAAGUUAGUAUUUAACGAGAAAUUUAUUUAAUAUUAAUUUAUAUUUGGAUUAAUUUGUGUAUUUUAUUUUUUCUUCCAUA